AGUAACCGGGAAAAAUUUGCUUUUAAAAAUACCUUAAUUUGCUUGUUGAAAGCUUUGGAAGGCCAGGUAGCCAUUGUGGAAUUGAGAAAUGAAACUUCAGUGAAGGGGAGAAUCACAAAUGUUGAUGGAUGGAUGAAUAUGACUAUGACAGGUGGAACAUUCAAGAACAAGACUAGAAAAAUCAUAAAGUUUACAGAUUUCUUUGUUCAAGGUUUUAUGAUUAGAUUUGUGCAGAUUCCAGAUCACAUUGAUAUCAGAAAAGCCAUUGAAAGUGAAGUU